AGGAACAGUGGAAAAUUACGGCAAGGAAAAAUGAUUAUUGGCAACAGUUGCCAAACCGAGAAAUAAUGUUGGAAAGUGAAAAACAAAAGAGUGAUAUAAUGUGAAGCAGAAGAAGAAGAAGUGUAAAAACAAAAGAGAAUUAUUGAUGAUGAGGAGGGGUGAGGAGGGUGGUGAUGAUGGUUCGAACCAAUCCAAACCAUCAUUGCGAAUCUUGGGGACGGCCUAGCCCACCAUCAUUUUACAAGGCCUAGGGCUUUAAAUUUUAAAAUCCCAUUAUUGACCACCCUUUCAGAAACCAGAAUAGACAACCCAGUGACCAAAAUACCCUUCAUUUCCCCAUGAAAAUUAAGACUAAAAAAAAAAAAAAAAAAACCCUUCCCUCCCAUCAUCAUUCACAUGACCUCAUAAGUCAUAACCUUCAUCACCAUCAUCACACAAACACCCAAAAAACAUUAAAUUUUUUGCCCUUAACCGGCCGCCUUCCAUGCUUACACAUGCAUGAUUGUUGUGUCAGGAGAGAGAGGCAUGUCUCCUCUCACAACCCAUAAUGCCUCUUCUUUUUCUCCUUUUCUUUUUUGUUUUCUCUCUUACUUACUCUACCCUUUUGCUCUAUAUAUUAACAGUCUCUUUUGCUCCGUUUUGUCCCUCGCUAACCUCAUUCACCAAAGCAAGGAUUUCUGAUUUCUUUUUUCUUUUUUCUUUUUUUUUUACAUUACCCACUUCUACUACUACUACUUCUGCUGCUCCUGCUACUACUCCCACUGCUGCUACUAGUUGUUAUAAGCCAGACAUAUUAGCUUCCUCGGCCAAGGCUCUCUAACCAACCACCUUCUAAAGGGGCAUUACAGGGAGUUUGAAAAUUUGUGUAUUCAUAAUCAUGGAAAGACUGAACUCAAAGCUGUACCUGCAGAACUGCUACAUAAUGAAGGAGAAUGAGAGGCUAAGGAAGAAAGCACAGCUUCUCAACCAGGAGAAUCAAGCACUGUUAUCUGAGCUGAAACAGAAACUCACUAAGACUAAUUCAAAAGCCAAUGCCUCCAACAACACUAUUCCUGACCUCAAUCUCAGCUCCACUUCUACUCAAAAUCCUACCAAUUCCAGCCCUAACUGAUCCAUCAUCUGGGAUAGAGUAUCAUGACCCCAGUAGGACUCUCUCUCUCUCUCUGCUCUUUUUUUUUUUUUUUUUUUUUUGUGUAAAACCAUAGUCCCCAACAGUAGUAGUUUCUUCCAAUUUCAGUCAUAUAGGACACUAGAAGUAUCUCCUUAUCAGGGUUACUUUUCACUUCCAUUUUCAUGUUUAUCUUAUCUUGCUUUUUUGAGGGGAUUAAGAUAUGGAUUUCUGAACUACAAGGAUGUAUCAGGAUAUCUGCUAGAAAGGAAUAUAAUAUUAUUAUAGUUUUUAGUU